AUGGUCAAACCAUGUUCUGGACCCAGCCGGCACUGCCACUCUGCGGCUCUCUCGCUUCCCUUCCCGCCCCCCCUAACUCCGCACAAACUCUCACUCCGCUGUCGCCUUUCCCCCCCACCCACCCCUCACUUUGUUGUCUCUUCCCCACGGUCCUCCCACUACCCUCCCCUUCAUUCUCACGCCAUCUCACCAUUGUCCUCCCCAUCCCACGCCCCCUUUCUGUGCCAUCUGCUUUCCACCCCGCCCUCCCACUGCGCCAUCCCCUCAACCCCUGCCCCCCAUCAUUCCCCUCAUUGUCCUUCCUCCAUCCCCUCUCAGGGUACUGCGAGGCACCGGCCCGCCACCAACGCCCCCUUCAUUUUCGUACGUCCUUCCUCUCCUCGCUCUUUCAUCCACUCCUCCCUCGCCCAACCCCAUGCCACCUCCACAAUCUCUCCCUUCGCCUUUGUACAACAUCAAGACAGUGGGCGGCAUGAUCCUGCUCAAAGUCAAGUUCACAGAUUGCUUUGUGGAGAUUGCCAGGCUCGUGCAGCAAUGAUUGACGCACAGGGACGGCAAGGAGUGGGUGGUGCUCAGUGUGGGGCCGUCAGGCAAACCAAGUCCGUGGGAGGGCAACUGCAGCGACGCCAUUCCUGCCCCCCUAAUAAGCGGGCAGGCGCUCAUAGGGGCGCUGACAUCGGGGGUAAUCCCUCCCCCAGACAACCCCUCCAUCCCGCUCUCGCUGCCGUCGCUGCCGUACCUGCGAGUGGAGUACAUGAAGUCCGUGUCUGCCUCGUCUUCCCACUCCACCUCAUCCGACCCAUCCACACCACAUUGGUUGGUUUGACCUGCCCUUGCUUCCCUUUCACUUCCUGCCCCCUUCACUUCACCUCCACCGACCUGUGUCUGACUCGCAUGGUCUUCUGCUGA